AUGGCUGUGCAUAUAGAAUCCUUGUCUGAUAACACGCACCAAGCCAUCACGACCAGCCAUGUCCACCAGGGACCAUCACACUUGCACCUUCAUCCAACCUCAAAUCCUCCACCACAUCAGCACCUCCCCCAACGCCCCCUCCAAAGCCCAACGCGCCGCCAUCCGCACCAUCACUCUCGCCAACGACAUCCACCACAUCCGCCUCUCCUCCUUCCAAACAUCUCCCUGACACCGCACGCCCAAGCCCGCGACAUCUACGACUGCCGCAACAAGCGCGGUCUCCUAGGCCUGCUCAUACGCACCGAAUCCUCCUCCGGCCCGACCACCCAAGAUGACCCCGUAAACCACGUGUACAACAGCUUUGGCAUCUUCCUGUAUGUUCUUUCAUCCGUGCUGGACCGUCGAUCCAUCGACAACAACGGUCUCCGUCUCAUCGGGUGUCUCCACUAUGACAAGACCCUAGACAAUGCGUUCUGGAAUGGGCAGGAAAUCAUCUUCGGCGACGGGGAUGGGGUAUACUUUACUGGGUUCCCGAAGAGUCUGGAUGUCGUCGUGCAUGAGCUGAUGCAUGGUGUGACGGAUCAUACAGCUGGGUCCUUUGGUGGAGGGGACAAGGGGUCGUGGAGGCGGAUUGGGUGGUUGGGAGGGGGGUUAGUGUUUGGCCGAAGGGAAAGAAAUGUGCUGGUUGCUGGUGUUGGGGAGAUGGGACUGAGGUCGUUGAAGGCGCCGGGGACGGCGUAUGAUGAUGCUGUUCUUGGAAGGGAUGGGCAGCCGAGCCAUAUGAAUGUGUUUGUAUAUACGGAGAAGGAUAAUGGGGGUGUGCAUUGGAAUUCGGGCAUUCCGAGUCAUGCCUUUUACCUUUGUGCUGUGGGCUUUGGGGGACGGAGUUGGGAAAGAGCUGCGGUGGUUUGGUAUCAAGCGUUAACUGAUCCGAGAGUUGAGCCGAAUUGUAGCUUUGAGAUGUUUGCAUGUGUGACGGUGGAUAUUGCGGAGGCGAUGUUUGGGGGAGAGGCUGGGUGA